ACUGCCUGAAUCUGAUGGCAGCUCUGUGUGAGAGCGUGUUGGCAGUCAACAUGUUACUGAGUGUCUUCUUUCUUCCAGGUGUUUUGACUAAUGACUGCUUUAAAAACCAAGCAGCUCUCCACAUCACUGCACCAAAGAAGAUUGAAGCUCUGAGUGGAUCUUGUUUGCAAAUCUCAUGUAACUUUAAUACAGUGCACAAAACUUUUAACAGCAGCACAACUGUCUAUGGAAUCUGGAUGAAAAAUACCACAAAGUUUGGCUCCAGUCCAAACGUUGUUAUUUUCAAUAGCAGUGGGUCAGUAAACACCUUUUCACUGAAAAUUAUUGGAAACCUGACAGAGAGAAACUGCACCACUCUGUUUCCUGAUUUAAAGACAAGUUUUACAGACAGAUACUUCUUCAGAGUUGAGAACGGGGACUACAGAGGAACAGCAUGUGCUGAUCCUGUCAACAUAACAGUUAAAGAUUCUCCUUGGAGUCCCAGCAUUAACAUCCCUGCUGAUCUGAAGGAGCAUCAGUCUGUCACUAUCAGCUGCUCAGCUUUGACUCCCUGUCCACACUCACCUCCUGAACUCACCUGGAAUCUCCAACAAGACUCUCACAGACAAACAGAGAAAAACACAGAGGGAACCUUUACAACUAAAAUCCAGGAGACCAUCACUCUGUCAGACACACAUGAUGGAUACAACAUCAGCUGUUCUGCCACAUAUCCUGUGAAUGGAGGAAACAAGACAGCAGAGACAGAAGUGACUCUCAGUGUUUCAUAUGCUCCUAAAGACACCUCAGCAUCCAUCAGUCCAUCAGGUUUGGUGUCAGCAGGUAGCUGGGUGGAGCUGAGCUGCUCCAGCAGAGCCAAGCCUCCUGCCAGCUUCACCUGGUUCAGGAACAGCACAGAGGGAGCCAGAAAAGUAGCUUCAGGGGAUUUUUACAGCUUCAGAGUGACUGAAGGUGGAGAGUAUUACUGUGUGGCUACAAAUUAUCUGGGUGAUCAGACAUCCUCAGUGAUCCUUCUUAGUGGUGGAGCAAAAGGAUUUCUCUACUGGGCUUCAAUUAUAAUUGGAGUAUUUUUCUUCAUCUGCCUGGUUCUUUCUGUCUGGUGCUUUAAGUCCAGACGUUCGACUCCACAACAGAUCCAGAGUCAAACAUGUGAGGAGGAUGCUGUUCAGAUGGCAGCCAGUGAAACAGAGGAAGAACUUCAUUAUGGGGACAUGACUUUCCUCCAGAGGCGACCUGAAGCUUCCUCCGUCUCAGUGCAGGAUGGAGGACAGCAGGAGUCGGUGUACGCUCAGGUCAAAGUGUCUGCUGACAGUCCAGAGGAUCUCUAUGCACGAGUGAAGAAGACAUAACUUCUGUCACUGUUGUGUGAUUACAUGAGAGAAUUUAAUUUGUUUAGAGAUAUUUUUCCAGAAUUUGUGUAGUUUAUUUUCACAGUUGAAAGACAGGAAGCC